CCCAUCUUCUCUCUCCCACGCAACUGCCCCACGCAUCGUCGUCAUCUUCAUUAUCCUAAUAAGCCUCUUUUAACUCUCGCAAGACCGACCCACACUCAGUCAAAGCAACGCAGAGCAAAGAUCAGCUUCGUUUCUCUCUCCCUGCCUCCUCCUCCUUGUCGCCCGGUCGUCUCCACUCUGCCUCGCCAUGACUGCUCACACGUCUGCGAAGCCAGAUGAUCUGGAAAAGAAGGCGAGGAGUUCUUAUUUCGGUUUACCGGGAUUGGAUGUUUCGGUUGGAUUUCCUCAGGCAACUCCGGCUUCUAUUUUCCCUCCUUGCACGUCAGAUUAUUAUCAUUUUGAUGACUUAUUGACUCCUGAGGAGCAAGCUAUCCGGAAGAAAGUUAGAGAAUGUAUGGAAAAGGAAGUUGCUCCAAUCAUGGCAAAGUAUUGGGAGAAGGCAGAAUUCCCAUUUCAUAUUGUUCCAAAGCUUGGCGCACUUCGUAUUGCUGGUGGCACUAUUAAGGGUUAUGGUUGCCCUGGUCUCUCCAUUACUGGAAGUGCUAUUUCUACGGCUGAAGUUGCUAGGGUGGAUGCAAGCUGUUCUACAUUUAUUUUGGUUCACUCUUCUUUGGCAAUGCUCACUAUCGCAUUGUGUGGUUCCGAGGAACAGAAGCAGAAAUACCUACCUUCUUUGGCGAAAUUUGAUACUGUGGCUUGCUGGGCGUUGACAGAACCUGAUUAUGGAAGUGAUGCAAGUGCUUUGAAAACAUCAGCUACAAAGGUGGAAGGGGGUUGGAUUCUUGAAGGCCAAAAGCGCUGGAUUGGGAAUAGUACUUUUGCGGACUUGCUGGUCAUUUUUGCUAGAAAUACUUCAACCAAUCAAAUAAAUGGAUAUAUAGUAAAGAAAGAUGCUCCUGGUUUAACAGCUAGAAAAAUGGAAAAUAAAAUUGGCCUACGCAUUGUCCAGAAUGGAGAUAUUAUCAUGAAGAAAGUCUUUGUCCCUGAUAAUGAUAGGUUGCCUGGUGUCAAUUCAUUCCAGGAUACGAACAAGGUGCUUGCAGUUUCACGUGUUAUGGUUGCUUGGCAGCCCAUUGGAAUUUCGAUGGGUGUAUAUGAUAUUUGUCACAGGUAUUUGAAGGAGAGGAAGCAGUUUGGUGCACCACUGGCCUCUUUCCAGAUAAACCAACAGAAACUUGUCCAGAUAUUGGGAAAUGUUCAAGCUAUGUUUCUCGUCGGUUGGCGCCUUUGCAAACUCUAUGAAAGUGGUAAAAUGACCCCCGGCCAUGCUAGCUUGGGAAAGUCAUGGAUCACUGCGAGGGCACGGGAAACAGUAGCUUUGGGCAGAGAGUUGCUUGGUGGCAAUGGGAUCUUGUCUGAUUUUUUGGUUGCAAAGGCAUUCUGCGAUUUGGAACCGAUCUACACUUAUGAAGGCACUUAUGAUAUCAACAGCUUGGUCACCGGCAGGGAAAUCACAGGUUUGGCCAGCUUCAAGCCAGCUGCAUCAGGUCGAAGAAGUCGCCUGUAACAGAGUAAAUAUCUUCCCUGUAACCUUCUACGGGGUGUGCUUGUUCAUGCGGAUUCUGUAAAUCUGGGACCAUGAUAAACCAGGAAAAUACUGUAACAAAGAGUCUUGAUCGUUCAGACGGGAGCAUAAAUAAGUAAUGCAGGUGUUUCCUGUUUA